AUGACCAUUUAUUUCGGCUAGUUUGUUAAUCCCUCCAAAUACUGUGGAACUACUCAGAAAAUUCAGUCAUUGAUCGUUAUUAAAAAAGAUAACAUUUUGAUCGGAUUAUUCUGCUCCCUCUCAUCAUUUCCGAACGGUGAGUGCGUAAGAGCAAAUCCUUUGCAGAAAAAAAGCGAUCUUGGUUUGCGGCAAUGGCGACGGCGGACGCGAAAGAGUCGCUGGACUGGUGGAGGAAGUUUUUCAGCUGCGCAAAAUCUGAUAUUUUUGAGUUGAUCGACGGAGCCAUCAUGGUAGCGGCGACGGAUCACCCCAAGGAGUUUAUGGUCAGGAAGGAUCUGAUUGUUCAGAAGCUUUGCACUGCCCUUAACAAUGGCGAUGAGGGUGGCAGAACUGAACAGAGUGAGACAGAUGGAGAGGUGAUGAGGAUAAAGGAAGUCCUUUGCAACCAUGAAAAUGAAUCUGAUUCAGUCUUGUAUGAAUCUCUAAAGCGUCUGGAGCUCAUGCAAUUGUCUGUGGAAACUCUGAUGGCGACUGAGAUUGGAAGAACCGUAAAUGAUCUGAGAAAAGACAGAGCUGGCCAAAUUCGCAAGAUUGCUCUGAGUCUUAUUAAAAGUUGGAAAGUUUUGGUAGAUGAACGGAUUGCUAAAAAGAAUGCAACCGAGUCGUCCGUCAUGAAAUCCUCUUCAACUGAUUCUAGGCAUGGCGGCUCGCCGAAGCUAACUUCUGAACAAAAACAGAGCAGUCAUUUAAGUGCUGGAGUGGAGAGAAAGCGAUCUAAGGAGGCUUCAGAAACGUCAAGGCUGGAGAUUGCAAAGAGGAAGCUUCAGGAAGGAUAUCAACGAAUUGAAAAUUGGAAGAAGCGACGGCAAAUACAGAUUAUCGAGCUGCGUGAUCUGCCGAAGGAAUCGCAUGAGAAUGGGAGAUCAAGGAAGAAGCUUCCGAAGUAGUUUGGCAU